AUGCCCCUCAAUGCCACAACGAAAACAUUGUCGAGGCUGUUCUGCGUAGAACGCCCGCAUAGUGUAGCCCAUCAAGGUCACCGUGGAGGGAACAGGAGACUUGAGCCGCAGGCCGAGGGUCCAGGUCCCACACGAGACUCCACGCCACCUGCCGGCAGAGAUGGAGUUCAUUCGGAUGGAAACGAAAGUCCCAAACUGGCCAAAAUACUGUCGGAGCAAAGCCUCCAUGAAUUCAAACGGCACACCAUACAGGGCCACAUACGUUACCGAGCAGCACUGGUCAGAGAUAGUGACGGUACCACCGUUCCCAGGGAGAGGAAGAGAGCGCCCAUCAUAACGGGCCACGAACUCCCCAUAGACAGCAGCGGAGUUAAACUUAACAAGUGCCCGAUUGGUGGACAGCAGUUGGAGCCCGUACACAUCGGGAACACGCACACACAGCAUAUCCAACAGGACAAUCUCAAGGGCUACCUUGAGGUUACCUUGAGUGGUGACAAAUCUAGAGGUGAUAACUCAAGUGGUAUUAAUUCUAAUGGUGAUAACUCUAGUGGUGUUAAUUCUAAUGGUGAUAACUCAAGUGGUAUUAAUUCUAAUGGUGAUAACUCUAGUGGUGUUAAUUCUAAUGAUGAUAACUCUAUAGGAGAUAAAUCUAGAGAUGAUAGAUCAUCAUUGCACUACAGUAAUUCUUACAAAUAA